AUGCCUCGCCGCAAGCAAGCCAAGCCUGGUCCCUCCACCCCCAAGAAGCUGAAGCAAACAACGCUUUUUGUCUAUGCUCUGUCUAGCUCGCCCCAGCUCUCACCAAAAUCAAGUCCCCGGAAGAAGGUAACUGAACCCGCUACGUCUAGCAAGAAGAAGACGGGACAAAAACAGGUUGUGGAUCUAGAAGAGAGCGACAGUUCUAGCAGCGCUGUAGGGGGCAUACGGUUCGAACCCGAAGCUGCAGCUUUGAGCGAUGAUGUUGAAUCGGAGGAGUCUCCCCGUCGACACCCAGCGAAGAAGCGGAAGUUGCGUCACAACGAUUCGAGCGAAGAUGAGGACUCUGUCUCUAUCGCUCUAAAUGAUAUAGCAAGCAAACACAGAGGACAGGGAAAGCAGAGGGAAGGUGAUGGUAAUGGGGGAAAGCAGCCUUCGCCGGAAGUGCAAGUAAAAAGGCGCAGGCUCGUCAAAGGGCGUAGACCUGUGACGCCUUCAGACGAUGAAGACGAAGAUGACCUGUUGGAUGAGCUUGAUACUGACACGAUCUUGGAAGAUCGGUUCCGGUCAAGAGGGAAGAAGUCUGCUUUCCAGAUUAACCUGGAGAAGCUUAAACGUCUGAAACGGGGACUCUCUGCUGAGAGCCCAGGAAGCUCAGAGAGUACGGAGGAGAAUGUCUGGGAUGAAGUUCCUUUCGAGGGUGCCAGGCCGAGUAAUAAGGAAGGGUCAUCAGAUGACGAAGCGGCCGAAGAGGACGUGGACGAUAGUUUUGUGGUGGAAGAUGAUAGCCAAACCGUGGCUGCUGAGCUGCCCUCAGCCUUCAGUAUGAACACUUAUCAGGAUCUAGCCCACCACUUCAAGAUCAUAUGCCAGCUCUUCGUCCACGUAGCAGUGCGACCCGCCGAGGAGCGGCAGGACUACAUGCAGAAAGCUCUUGCGGAUGUUGAGUACUUCAGCGCACCACUGCAUAUUGCCCGGCGGAAAUUGACUGGAAUGCGGGACUCCCUUGUGGCAUCCUCGGUCUGGCGUCCGGAGUUCAAGGGACCACUGGAGAAGUACCCCAACUUCGAGUUGGUCUCGCUAGAGUUUGCUGUACCCGCUUGCGACGCGUGUCACCUAGGAGGACGGAUGUCUACUUACUUGGGCAGAGUCAGCGGUCAGCCGUACGAUAGACUGGGCUUCGAACCUCUGACCGACUCCGAUUCGGAUGACAGUGAGGACGAAGAGGAGUCGAAGGAUCAGAAGGAGUUCCACCUCGGCCGGUUCUGCGCUCGGCGAACAAAGGUAUUCCAUGAGUUCAGUCAUUGGGAGUACUCCACCUACCAGUCCCUCCUUCGCGAGGUGGAAGAGCUCCGCGCUUCGAAAGGCAAGCGCGGGUUCAUUCGUGUCGCCUUUUCCGGAGCGGGAGGUGUGAAACCACCAGAGGACUUGGACGAUGCGGACCAGAUCAUGGAAUGGCUCGACCAGCGACAGGUCAUCGAGAUGGAAUGGUGGAAGGUGAAGGAUAUGAUGGCCAGAGCCAGGAACCUCGAGAUGGCGAGUAAGCGGGGGGAGGAUACGGACGAGUAGAGCAGGCUGGUUGUUUUCUUCUAUGUCUUUAUGAACUGAUGAUCUGGUCACGCGGCGUGCUCGCAUACACCAGUAUGGAGUAUCAAUCUGAUCCACGCUGGGUCUGAGGAGCACCGUUCAAUGGUUAGGGUGGUCUCCUCCGACACUAAUAAGGUAACCAAACACCUUACUAUAGUCCGCUGUAAGUAAUACAUGUUGUGUAGCAUCUACUUCUUCCUCCAGAGUACGACGUACGUUCUGUACGGAUACUCAAACACACCUUUUUCUUUAUCAAUCCAAAUCAUAUCGUCUCCAUUCUUCACGAUGUUUGUCACAUCCUGCGCGACCUUCUUCUUCUCGUCCUCAGGGAGCACAACGAUGUAGCUCUUGCUACACGCCCGUUCCACGGCAAUCUCGACUGUCCCAGGGAGGGCACGGUCCCACGUCUUCUCGAUGGGCGGCUCGAAGAGGGCGUUGUAGUUGGGGGUAGAGAAGGUCUCGCGCCAGAGACCCAGGCGGAACUGGGGCGUCCCCUUCUCGUGCAACUCUACGCGGUCCCGGAGUUGGGCGACCCAGCGGGCUUUGUCUCUGUCUUCUAGAUUCCAGAUGAGGGCGACAACACCGGCAGGUUUGAGGAUGCGAGCAAACUCGGCCGCAGCUGCGUUGUAGUCAGGGCACCAGUGGAAUGCCU